GGCGGCGCAGUGCGCAGGCGCGAGCGGUCUGGCCUUCUAGACGCGCGCGACGCGGUUGAAGCGGGAGUUCCUAGCUGAGGAGACCCGGCGGCCUCGGGCGAGCGGACGAGCGAGUUUCGGUUGUUUGUGCCAUGGCCGCACUACGCUACGCGGGCCUGGACGACACUGACAGCGAGGACGAGCUGCCCCCGGGCUGGGAGGAGAGGACCACCAAGGACGGCUGGCUGUACUACGCCAAUCACACUGAGGAAAAGACUCAAUGGGAACAUCCAAAAACUGGAAAAAGAAAACGAGUAGCAGGAGAUUUGCCAUACGGAUGGGAACAAGAGACUGAUGAGAAUGGACAAGUGUUUUUUGUGGAUCACAUAAAUAAAAGAACCACUUACCUGGACCCAAGAUUGGCGUUUACUGUGGAUGAUAAUCCGACGAAGCCAACCGCCAGACAGAGAUACGACGGGAGCACCACGGCCAUGGAAAUCCUGCAGGGCCGGGACUUCUCUGGCAAGGUGGUCCUGGUUACUGGAGCAAGUUCAGGAAUAGGGUUUGAAACUGCCAAGUCUUUUGCUCUCCACGGUGCACACGUGAUCCUGGCCUGUAGGAACAUGACAAGAGCCAACGAAGCUGUGUCCCAGAUUCUGGGAGAAUGGCACAAAGCCAAGGUAGAAGCAAUGACCCUGGACCUCGCUCUGCUCUGCAGCGUGCAGCGUUUUGCUGAAGCAUUCAAGGCCAAGAAUGUGUCACUUCAUGUGCUCGUGUGCAACGCGGGGACUUUUGCUCUGCCCUGGAGCCUCACUAAGGAUGGACUGGAGACUACUUUCCAGGUGAACCACCUGGGCCACUUCUACCUUGUCCAACUCCUGCAGGAUGUUUUGUGUCGCUCCUCCCCUGCCCGUGUUGUUGUGGUCUCCUCUGAGUCCCAUAGAUUCACAGAUAUUAAUGAUUCCUCUGGGAAACUCGACCUCAGCCGCCUGUCUCCAUCCCAGAGUGACUACUGGGCCAUGCUUGCAUACAACAGAUCCAAGCUCUGCAACAUCCUCUUCUCCAACGAGCUGCACCGUCGCCUCUCCCCGCGUGGGGUCACGUCGAAUGCAGUGCACCCCGGAAACAUGAUGUAUUCAUCCCUCCAUCGCAACUCAUGGAUAUACACGCUGCUCUUCACCCUGGCCAGACCAUUUACCAAGUCCAUGCAACAAGGAGCUGCCACCACUGUCUACUGUGCUGUUGCCCCAGAGCUGGAGGGUCUCGGAGGGAUGUAUUUCAACAACUGCUGCCGUUGUCUGCCGUCUCACGAAGCUCAGCGUGAAGAGACAGCCCAGGCCCUGUGGGUGCUCAGUGAGAGGCUCAUUCAGGAGCGCCUGGGCAGCCCAACCAGCUAGUCCAAGCCCCACAAAGAUGGGCACACCCCAACCCAUGCUUUGACCUUCACCACUGCCAGCCCCAUCAUCCUGGGGUGUCCCUGUCCCUCCACGACAUUAAAGGAAUCGAAAGCAGUUGCAAUCAGUUGAGUGUGCUGGGUACCAACAGUAAGCAGGGGAUGGCAGAGGUCAAGGGUGUCCCUUUCUGGGGUUGGUUCAGUCAUGGGUCCCUUUAUUUUUAUGGGGGUGGCCUGUUUGAAAGUGGAAAGCAUGGUUGGCAUGUAAGUUCCUCCUCUCACUGUAGAAACACAAGUGAUCUUAGACUAGCCUAAUGUCCUCUAAUGACCCAGGCCCCACCACGGCCACCGUUGCCACCACAGGCUGGCUUUCUCCAAGCUAGGGAAGAAACCAAAUGUUGGCUUUCUGUGCUGAAUCAAUCCUGGAGGACAUCGUUUCAAGUCUGAACAGGUUUGGCAAGUUCUGGGAGAGAAACUCAGAACCCUGUCCAAACAGAGUCAAGAUGCCAUCAGAGAUGCAGCAGAGCCAGUGGGCAGAGCUGGUGGGUCCAAAGAGCACCAGUUGCUGAUUCCCUUGCCAAAGCUAUGCAAGCAAUUCUUUAGAAAGCAUAACAAAUAAAAUUUUGCGAAUCAUUCCUUAGAGAACUAGAUGGGUAAGAAACUAGAUGAGGUGUCCUUCAGAGGCGUGAGACACUCUUGAGGUGGGAAAUAGAAAGUAGUUCCCUCCAUUCUUCAUUCAGGCUGAGUGUCCCAGCCUCCCUGCCCUCCCAGUAGUUGGCUUCACCUUCUUCCUGCUCCUCCCAUCCUAUGCUUAAUAAAAGAACAUGCUCUACAGUGCUCAUCCGAAGUUCGUAUUGUUCGGUUUCAAUGUUCAUUUCAGUUACGUUUUUGUUUUUGUUUUUGUUUUUUUAGAAAAGAAAUCUAGAGGAAAAAUAAAGCGCUUCUCGUAGA